UUUUAACUGUCAUCGACGGCAGUUGAGUUUACUUCGACUCUGUCAAUUCGGUGCAAUUUUUAACGGUAUCAACGCAAAGUGUUUACAAAAAUCUCAAAAUUAAGCCCUUUUCUUUUAUUUUUUUUUUUGAGUGAAGUUUCUUAAAAGAUCAUAAGAAAAAUAGACAACGGCUGAAGACGAUGAAGGACAACACAACAGGCAAUGGGAAUGCAUCUGGUGUGGGUUUGGGUGUGGGUGUGGGUGUGGUAUCCUCUACACCACAUGAUGUAACAAAUGUGCCGCCGCCAACAACGGCAUCGGCAAUAGGAGCAACUGCGGCAACGGCAGCAGAGGGCACCACCAAUACUUCUGCCUCUCAGGUGGCCGCACAGCCGGCAACACAGAAUCCAAGGAAGAGCAAUAUACAUGAGUUGCGGAAUCAGGAUUUCGUUAGUCGUUUAAUGGCUGCCACUCCACCGUAUCUCUAUUCGGCGCCGGUGGGACCGAAUAAUUUCUUUUUUAGUGAUAUGUUGCGUUCAUUGGUUCAGGCAAGGAAUAAUGAGACGGCUAGGGUAUUGCAAUUGCAACAGCAACAACAACAACAGCAGCAGCAGCAACAACAACAGCAGCAACAACAGCAGCAACAACAACAACAACAGCAAUCAUCUUUGGUUAGACGACCAAGAAAAAGAUCCUGGUCACAUCGUCCAUACUAUGAGCAAUUGCGCGAGCGACGGGAAACCGAAGAGAAACAACAACAGCAGCAACAACAACAGCAACUACAACAGCAGCAACAACAACAACAACAACCAGCAUUUGGUUCAGAAAAACCACUAGAAUUGACAACCACCAAUAAAUCGGGUGUAACUCCCUCACCAACAGCCUCCUCCUCAUCAUCAUCGACCUCACCGUAUGCCAACUAUAAAUUGGAAACGACAAAACCACUGACCAAUCAAUUGAAAUCCUCUUUGGGUGGUGCUGUCGAUAGUACUCUACAGGAUAAUACACCGCCGGCUGCUUCAUUGCCGCCACAAGAUUUGGUAUUACCACCACCGCCGCCCGUUUGGUAUCCACCACUUUAUCCACCCUAUGGCAUAGAUCCUUUGCAUUUCUUUAUCGAUCUACGCGUUUCUGGUCACAUUUACGAUCGCAAAAAGGAAAAUGUCUCACCCAAUAGUGCAAAUCAACAGCAGCAACAGCAACAACAACAACAACAAAUUGAAGAUGCUUCAGGUGAUGGAACCAGAGGUGGCAGCACAUUGGCAAGUAAUCUAUUAAGUAAACAACGACAUGGUUCAGCCUUCACAGUACCCAUACCCAAAUCAGCUCAAUCCUCAAAUAAUGAUGCCAUUAACUUGUGCUCCAAUAGUACUUCAACCGCGUCAGGAGGUGGUGCUGGUGCUGGUAGUGGUUCCGCCAUUCCACCGCCAGCAACUGGUCAUCAUCAUCAUCAUCAUCAUCAUCCACAUUCACAUCAUUCGGCCACAUCUUUGGCCAAAUUUGAGCAUUAUGCCAAAUAUUAUGAUCUCGGCGAGAGUAAAGAGAAUCAACCAGCCUCUAGUACAGCUGCCGCUGUGGCAGCCGCUGCAGCGGCAAAUCUAUCCAAUCUCUCCAAGACGGGAGCCUCCUAUAUGCUCCAACAUUUGCCACGCCUCUAUAGUCAAUUCGCUGCCCAGCAGCAACUCCAACAACAGGACUUGGAUGCCAAAUCGGAAUCAGCCUCGGCCACAGCUACCGAACUUUGCGAUGAGGAUGACUCUAUGGGACGAGGAUCGAGUGAUACUGCCGUCAUGGAUUGCGGUAGUGUUGGCAUUCAGAAUAAUAAUUGUGACAUCGAUGUGGAAAUCAUUGAUUCGAUUAAAUAUCGCACAGACGGUGAGAGCAGCCGAUGCUCGAGCAACGAUGAGGCCACCUCAGUAACGCAAAUCGAUUGAGUUUUAACUAAAAUUAAGUACGAAUAUUAAUAAUUAAUAAUUAUAUAUUAUACCUACCGACUAAUGAAUAAACAAACGAAUGCGUCUAUGUA